AUGCGAUUCACUUCACUAGUCUUUGCCCUCGCUGGCUCGGUCAGCGUAGCCAUGGCCAAAUGCAGCAGCUAUACCGCGUAUCCCGACGAGGGCGAGAUCGCACUGUACCGCAACUAUAACUGCCACGGAAAAUACUCCAACGUCGGCGCCAUGGACACGUGCGUGAGCAAGGUCAACUUUAAUGCCUGCUCUGCGAUUACGAGGAAGGGGGUUACCUGCGACAUUUACAAAUCCAACGGCUGCGACGGAGGCUAUAUUGCUACCAUCGACUCGGACGGCUACAGAUACUUUUGCGGGUGGGUGGUUGAUACCGUCAAGAGUGUUCGGUGUCGCUCGGCCUGA